CUCCUCGAGGCCUCCUCAAGCAGUGCGGCAAAGAGACGCUCCGACAGAAGGAGGCGCAGCAGCUCGACUUCUGCACACUUCUGGCCCUGCGAGCUCUCAGAGAGCAGCAGGGAGAGGAGCCCAGCGAGGCCCAUCCACGCCCCCCAUGGAUUUUAAGGCCAACCUCAAAGGCCUCAAGGCCAAGGCGGAGGAGGAGCGCAAGGUCAGCUCCCCCCCGCAGGUCGACUUCCGCGGCGUGUUGGGCAAGAAGGUCGCCGGCGGCAAUGGGAGCAAAGAGGCGAAAGGCAAGAACGCCGAGGACUUCCGCUCCGUCCUCACCAACAAGAAGAAGCCGGGGAGCGCCGAGAAGAACGGGGAGAACAACUGCGUGGACGGGGGGAUUAACGAGAAGAAGGGUGGAGAAGCAGGUAGAGGAGGUGGAGGAGGUGGAGGGAAGGCACCGGAGUUCGUGGAGAAGCUGAGCGAUGUGACGGUGCUGGACGGACAGAGGCUCCGGCUGCAGUGCCGCCUCGCCGCCUCCGACGCCGCUGUCAGCUGGACGCUGGACGGGAAGCUCAUCAAGUCAUCCAAGUUCAUCGUGCUCUCCAAUGAAGGAGGACUCUGCUCGCUGUCUAUAGACAAAGCUCUACCAGAGGAUGAAGGACAAUAUAAAUGCAGAGCUGAGAACUCAGGAGGCAAAGCUGAAAGUUCCUGCAUCGUUCUCGUUGACGAUCCAUCAGAAAACUCUCCGGCUGACAAGAAGUCCAAGAAGACGACUCCGACCUCAGAGAGUGAAGCAAGAAUAAAGAAACCUGCAGCCAAGACUCCUCCCAAACAAGCGCUGCCUCCUCAGAUCCUGCAGUUCCCUGAGGACAUGAAGAUCAUGGCGGGGGAGAAGGUGGAGAUCCUCUGCAAGUUCUCUGGAGCUCCUCCCAUCAACUGCACCUGGUUGAAGUUCAGGAAACCAAUCCAGGGCUCGGGGGACAUUUCUAUAGAGAGCAGUGACAGCAGCAGCAGGCUGACCAUCAGCAGCGGGCAGCAGGAGCAUUGUGGCUGUUACACCAUCGAGCUGAGGAACCACGUGGGCCUCCGUCAGGCCGCCCUUAACCUCACCAUCGUCGACAAACCCGACCCCCCAGCGAGGGUCCCCGCCGCCUCAGAUGUGCGCCGGUCCAGUCUGACACUGUCCUGGUACGGACCCACCUACGACGGAGGCAGCGCCGUGCAGUCCUACAACCUGGAGAUGUGGGACUCGGUGGAGCCACAGUGGAAGCUCCUGGCCUCCUGCAACAGCACCUCCUACAACGUACAGAACCUUCUCCCGGAGCGGCAGUACAAGUUCCGCGUCCGGGCUGAGAACAUCUACGGAGUUGGAGAGCCGAGCGCCGAGUCAAUGCCGGUGACAGUCGGCCUGGUGGAUGAUGAUGAGGAGGCCGAGGCAGAGGAGGAGGACGAUGACGUGGACAAGGAGCCAGACUACAGAGACGUGUCCAUCAGGACGGACGUGAAGGUGAAGGAGCUGUACGACGUAGAGGAGCGGUUGGGAACGGGGAAGUUUGGUCAGGUGUUCAAACUGGUGGAGAAGGCCACAAAGAAGGUCUGGGCGGGCAAGUUCAUCAAGGCAUACUCAGCCAAAGAGAAGGACAACGUCCGGCACGAGAUUGGCAUCAUGAACAGCCUCCAUCACCCCAAACUUGUCCAGUGCAUCGACGCCUUCGAGGGCAAGUCUGACAUCGUCAUGGUGCUCGAGAUGAUCUCGGGGGGCGAGCUCUUCGAGCGGAUCAUUGAUGAAGACUUUGAGCUGACUGAGAGGGAGGUGAUCAGAUACAUGCUGCAGAUCAUCGAUGGAGUCAGCUUCAUCCACAAGCAGGGCAUUGUCCACCUGGACCUCAAACCCGAGAACAUCAUGUGUGUCAACAAGACCGGCGGAAAAAUCAAACUCAUUGACUUCGGUCUGGCCAGGAGACUAGAAAAUGCAGGAACUCUGAAGGUUUUGUUUGGGACUCCAGAGUUUGUUGCUCCAGAAGUAAUCAACUAUGAAGCCAUCAGUUAUCCUACCGACAUGUGGAGUAUUGGAGUCAUCUGUUACAUACUGCUGAGCGGUCUAUCCCCCUUCAUGGGCGACAACGACAACGAGACUCUGUCCAACGUCACCUCGGCCUCCUGGGACUUCGAAGACGAGGCCUUCGACGAAAUCUCGGACAACGGAAAAGAUUUCAUCACCAACCUGCUGAAGAAAGACAUGAAGGCCAGGCUCACCUGUGCUCAGUGUUACGAGCACACCUGGCUGAAGCAGGACACCACCACCAUGAAGGCCAAGAAGCUCUCCAAGGAGAGGAUGAAGAAGUACAUCCUGAGGAGGAAAUGGCAGAAAACGGGUCACGCCGUGCGAGCCAUUGGCCGCCUGUCGUCCAUGGCGAUGAUGGCAGGAGUAAGCGCCAAGAAGGGGUCGCCCACCGAAGAGGACAACCAGUUCCUAGAGUGUCUGGAGCUGGAGCAGAAGACGGAGUGUAACCCCACCUUCAGCUCGGUGAUCAGAGACGUGGAGGUGGUGGAGGGCAGCGCAGCCCGUUUCGACUGCAAGAUCGAAGGUUUCCCCGAUCCAGAGGUGGUCUGGUACAAAGACGAGCAGCCGAUCAAAGAGACGCGACAUUUUCAGAUCGACUACGACGAGGAUGGAAACUGCAGUCUGGUCAUUUCAGAGGUGUCGGGCGAUGACGAUGCCAAGUACACGGUGAAGGCUGUCAACAGUCUCGGGGAGGCGACCUGCACUGCCGAGCUGCUGGUGGAGGUGAUGGCUGGAGAGGAAGAGGAAGAGGAGGAGGAAGAAGAGGAAUAGGGCAUGUGAUGGUCUGGACUCCCACAGGAGACAGGUGGAGAAGGUGGGGUUUCGUGAUGACCAGUGAUGUAUGCUAAACCCCGCCCACCUGAAACCUGGAGAACGGAAGCCCUGCCCCCCCUGGUUAGCCUCCAUCUAUUGGUAGAUUUCCUCUGACAGUUUAUUACAUUGAAAGAGGGUUUUUGGUCUUACAUCACAUUCAAAUAUAAACUUAUAUUAAUAAAAAGUUCAUGAUUCACAUCUUGUACAAACACACAGUUCCACUAAUCAACAAGUGGAGCUUGUGAGUUCAGAGACACAGUUGUUUUUUCAUUCAACCGUUUCCACCAUCUUCUGGAUAUAUUAAACUGGGUUAGAAAAGAUAACAGAAGGUCUUCUGCAUUAGUAGUGACCACCAGGGUCUAUGAGAAAACAACUUGAACAAUUUCUUCACAAUUUAUUCCCUCAGUAAACAUUGUAAACAUGAGUUUAUGGUCCCAAUCUCUGGUUUCAACUCUUCUUCAAUGCAGCAUGAUGUUCAUUUAGUGAAUGAUGGUCCAUUUAGAGUACAACAGACCCUAAAGCAGGGGAUGCUUUAGGGGCUGUUUUUAUCUUUAACCCCUUUAAGUAUCAUCAAAGUAAAUUGAAACAUGUUGGUCACAACGUGUUUCAUUCACCCUUUUGGGUCACUUCUGCUUGUUAAAUAACCAGACGGCCACAGUUAAACUCUAGAACCUCGAGGCUUCAGAAGGUCCAGAAAGCGAUGGGUGACGUCACCGCGACUACGGUCACUUCUUCAGGGAGACAUCAGUCACGUGGCCUUAAAGUUUGUUAAUUCAUUAAUGUUUCCUAGAUCUCUCAAUGGAACUGUGUGUUUGAGCAAAUAAGCAUGAAGAAAUGUUUAUGGAAACACAACGACUGAUCCUAAAUAUUCCUAAAAUAAACUACAGCUUGGAGGGUUAGAAGGCAGAGACGUUGUUAAACACCAAAACAUCCCAGUAUCAACUUAGAGGAAACACAUUGAUAAAGAGGUGCUACUCCUGGUAGCACUCUAAUGCUAACCAAAUGUGUGCCGCUCCCAGGGCCUCUCCCCCAAAUACUCAUGGGGGCCGCAGUUGUUCGGGCGUGAGCCUCUAUGGAACCAAACCCUGCCGAGCUGGGGCAUGUGAACCGUCUCCCUGUGGGAGGCCGGGUGAGGAAGACGAUGGCACAACAAAGGCAGCUUCACAUUCACAGAGUUAUGUCCCUUAUAAGCAAGGCAGUUGGGUGGCGUUAGUGGGGUGUUAAAUGGAGCGGUAAAGACUCAAAAGCGAUUGAACAUAACUGCAUAAUAAACCUCACUAGAACUAAUUUCUUGACAGCUAUCAAGCAUUUGUUAGCUAAUGUCACUCUAAUAAUGUUUUAGAUUGGUAGCUUUCAAGUAUCUAUAAGAAAAGAGUUUGGGUCACGGUUAACUUACAAAAAAUAGCUAACGUCAGGAGUUAAUUGGAUCUGUUCUGAACCUCUAGAACACAAUUUGUGAGCAAAAAAUCGAUAGCUUUGUAGCUAACAUCGGCUUAGUGAUGUUAGCGCAUGCUAGCUGAAAACCUCCCUAUUUUUCUGUAUUGAAGGUGGCAACUCUAGCUGAUAGCUAACGGAGGAGUAGUGAUGCUAGCAUUUAACACAACAACAUAGCGCAACUGAGCUGCUAAUGACCCAUAAAAUAAGUGCCUUAACGUAACCAGACUCUGUGACUGUGAGACUCAGGGAGAGAAAACAAUUACAAUUACAAUGUUAUUAGGGCUUUCGCCCGACUUUCAGUCGGCUCAGGCCCUAAUAACAACGAAAAUUUAAUGUGGCGCUUUUUUUUAAUAAUCACGCUAAGCGCCUUAAAGCCAAAUGGAACCACUUUUUAUCAAAUCACAUCUGAGACCUUUUGGGACUACAAAAGUGUUUCCCUUCCUACUGCUUGACAACAUGUUAUUUAGCGUGUUUUCACAGAAUGCUAUUUUGAAAUAUUUUGGAAAUACUCGUUGGUACAACUCGUAAUCUCACAAGGACCUCACUUCAAAAUUAUUUGAAACCUCAACUAUACAAGAUACAAAUUGUAUUAUUACGCUAAAGAAAUAUAUUUCUAAUAUGCAGACUAAUUUUCAUAUCUCAUAUAUUCAUCAGAUUUUUUCUUUUUAAAAUAACAUAAUGUCAUUAUGAUUUAAAAAAAAGAAUUAUUUUAAAAAGUUAAGGUUGAAAUGGAACAAGCUCCCAGUGACCUCUGACCCCUCGUGGAGGCGAUCAGGCAAACUCUUCUUUUUCACAUUCAAGCUCUUUGUUUGUGCUUUAACACAAAAAAGUCAAAAGGUUUUCAACCAAAGAAAUGUAAUAGUUCACAUGUGUGUGUGUUGUGCGUGUGCGUGUGUGUGUGUGUGUGCGUGCGUAUGUGUGAGUUUGUGUUUGCGAUCAUCUAUCCUUUAAACUGUUUUUUGUGUUUGCUGUUUGUUUAUUUGCAGAAUGUUUUAUUUUUUAGACUUAUUUAAUGCACAUAUGUAUAAUUGUGGUAUUAGCAUUCUCUCUCCAGCACUUAGUUUGUCACUGUGGUAACGGCGUGGACCAGUUUGUUCUGUAUUAGAUGUACGUAGGUGAUACUUGUUUCAUUUGUAUAAACAUAUAUCGGUUUGAUGAGCUGCAGAUGACAUGUACAAGAACACAGAAAUAAAUCACAAAACAAGC